GUCUUUGAAAGAUGGUGCUUUUCAAUGUACUUUAAAGAUCAGAACACGGAGCAACUGCUGGAAUUUGUGCGGAGAUCCAACACAUCGUUCGUAGACCAGGAGUUUCCAGCGGAUCUAUCCAGUCUUUCCCCUAAAUCUGAUGCAGUUAGAAAUUUGCCAAUUUCGUGGCAGCGGCCCACCGAGUUAUCGGCUCAUCCCUCCCUUUACACCAUAUUGAGGCCAUCAGCGAUUCGUCAAGGCCGCUUGGGCAAUUGUUGGUUCGUUGCUGCAUGUGCAUGCCUCGUUCAACAUGAAAGCGCAUGGCGAAAGGUCGUUGCACUUCCUCGGCUUCAGACAUGGUCUAAAUACCAUGGCCUCUUCGUUUUUCGUUUCUGGCGGUUUGGGGUCUGGGUGACCGUUGUUGUUGACGAUCUCCUACCGACACUGAACGGAGAGCUUCUGUAUUGUCAUUCGUCUGAUCCGAACGAGUAUUGGUGUGCGCUGCUGGAGAAGGCAUAUGCAAAGUUAUUAGGGAGUUAUGAGGCAUUAGAAGGCGGCGAAUUAGCCGAUGCCCUGAUCGACUUUACAGGUGGAUACACUGAAUGUCUCGAUUUUGGGUUGCGGCCGUUACCAACCUUCAAAACUCCCGGUCCCCUACCGGCUUACGGAACGUUCGAUAACAUCUUGGUGCCCCCGCAGUCAUUGAAUUCCUCCUUUCUCUCACCUUGGAAGGAUUCUAUUCUAUGCGAUUCCGCGUACAAAUUGCUUUAUCGUUACCACAUCGCCGGGAGUAUGAUCGCGGCUGCAAUAUCACUACUUAAUCCAUUGAACCUCGACCUCCAAAAUCACCGCUACGCUCAAUUGUUGUCCCUUUCACACAUGGCAACUGUUCCGCCUCCUCAGCAGUUCAACUCGGCACUGACACCGCGUACCGCUUACCAGAUGGAUGUCAUUGCUUCAUUCUCAUGUCUAUAUGGGUGUUGACGCAGACUUCCAAUGCUCGCUCCGCUUGACUGCCACAACUAUCAGCGUUCUACUUCCAGUGGACUCCGAGGCAUUGGCACCUCCUGGGUGCCUCGACUUAACGUUGC